AUUUCAACACGCUGUCUUCACCUCAGCUUCACUGUGAAGGUGACAUCUGAGAACAGAGGACUGAGAAGUAAAUCAGAAACAAAGACUGGACUAGAGGAGCAGCUGGUCAACUGAGAUCACAGGUUUUAAUUCUGCUAAUGUGUGACUGAGACCAUGACAGCAAUGCAAGUCCAUGACAGCAAUUCAGACCUACUGGCAACUUCUUGUCAAAUAAUGCAACAAGAAGGCCCACCUCCUCCUCCUCCUCCUCCUCCACCGCCUCCACCCCCUCCUGCUCCUCCUGCCCCACCACCUCCAGCCCUGCACGGCAUGGGCAUCAGUGCCAUGGGGAAGGGCCAAUGCUCCAACAUGCGAAGUUUCAACUGGGAGACCCUUCCCAAACAUAGUGUGAUAGGGAAACACAACAUCUGGACAGAAGAGGGGACACAAGGGGAGUACGAGUUGGACACAGACCGCAUGAAGGAGUUGUUCAGCCGUAAGCAGGGCCAACAGCAGCUCAAGGCCCAAAGCAUGAGGGGCCUGACAGCCUCCGCCUCAAAGGGAGAAAUGGUAUCCAUCCUCAGUCCCAAGAGGAGCAUGAACAUUGGAAUUUUCCUAAAGCAGUUUAAGUGGCCUGUGAAAGACAUGAUUGAAGCAAUUCAAUCAGGAAAUGGUCCCAGUUUUGGUUCUGGAAAACUGAGGGAGCUUUGUAAACUGUUGCCAGAUGAAAGUGAAAUGAAGGAUAUGAUUGGUUUCAAGGGUGAUCCCUCUGCACUCCCUGAGGCAGAUCUUUUUAUGCUAAUGUUGAUCAAGAUUCCCAGUUAUGAAGAGCGUCUCAAUGGUCUUGUGCUAAAGGAGGAGUUUUUCCCCUUUAUGGAUGAAAUGAAAACAUCCAUUGGCACUCUGACAUCUGCAGGAAAAGAGCUGCUGGAGUCAGAUCAUCUCCAUUCUGUAAUUCGUCUGGUGUUAAAAACAGGAAAUUACAUGAAUGCCGGUGGCUAUGCCGGCAGUGCAGUUGGCUUUCGAAUGGCAUCUUUGCUGAAAUUAGUGGACACCAAAGCAAACAAACCUGGCAUGAAUCUUAUGCAUUACGUCGUGAUGCAAGCUCAGAAAGCUGAUGUGGCCUGGCUGAAAUUUCCAGAACAACUCCGACACAUUGAAACUGCUGCUAGGUAAGCAUUUCUCCUUUUCAUGUAAGGUCACCUAAAGAUGGGUGAAUUUAUUUAUAUACAGUGCAUCCAGAAAGUAUUCACAGUGCUUCACUUUGUCCACAUUUUCUUAUGUUAAUGCCUUA